CACCCAAGAGCGAAGACGCAGGUGCCAACUCACACGCCAAGCUCAAAUCCAGCCAAAACUCAUUUCACUGUAGCUUCCAAGAGACAAAAUUGAUAUAAAUUUCGUGCCCCCCCAAAAUUCACAAUUAGGGUUUUCUGCAACACCAGAAAUGAAAGCUUCGGUCAAAUUCCGCGAGGAUCAGAAGCCAUUGUUGAGGGCUAAGGUGCCCCUCAGCAUAUUGGGCCUGCCCUUUCAAUCUGGAAUCGUUGCCGGCGAGUCUAAGGAGCUCACUCUCAACCUCGGCACCUUCUUCGAAUCCGGACCCUCCAUCCGGGUCGGUUACCGCCCGAAUGACACGUCCAACCCCGUCUCCCUCGUCGUCAAGACUGGGACCGGUUCCUUCGGCUCGCCGAUCUCCAGUUCCAUGCUCAUGAGUGCCGAGUUCAAUCUGCUCGGCAGCGGGAAAAACCCUACCUUCAUGCUCCACUUCAAGCCUCAGUUCGGAGACUUCUCGAUCAAGAAGUCGCAGUCCUCUGUAUUUCAACAAAUCGUAGGUCCUGCUGACGGCGUCGUUUCGGCGGAGACACCAGCAGUGGAUACCGCGUUUAUGGGGAAGAAAAUCACGGUUUUGCCCUCCGAAAAUCAAGCGGCCGGAAUUCUCGCCGGUGUGUUUUCCGGCAUGGAAAUGGCGGCUAGGACGUCGAUGCCGGUGAGGAACCGGGGAGUGGUGAGCUUGCGGUGGGGGGUAAGGGUGCCGGCGGAGAUGAAGAGUACUGGGGCUAAUCCGACGGCGGGGAUUGCGUUUCACAAGAUCCCGUUCCUGGUGAUGAACAAGAUCGGGAUCGAACACGUGGACGUUGCAGAUUCGAAGGCUAAAACCACGAAGGCAGCAGAGGUGGAAAAGGGAUUGACAUUUCCGGGAAAUGCCGAGGUGGCGGAGGCUUGCUUCACGGUGAAGCGUCAGCUGGAGGCUUUACAGAGCGAGAACGGGUUGCUGAGAAAGGCUGUGGAGGAUCUCCGGCAGGAAAUCGCCGGCGCCACAAAGUUGAUUACAAAUUCAGGCAAUAUUGGGGGCAGGAAUUCUGGCGGGAAAGUUGACUGGCGGUCAAACAGCGAGAAAAGGUCGUCGGAAGGUGAUGUGAGUGAGUAAUUGAAGGAGGCACUCAACCACUGAUGGUGGCAGAGCUACGAAGUUAUAUAGUUUGUUUUAUUUAUUUUGGUAUUUGUUAUGUUAGGUAUUUUGUUAUUGAUUUGUUUUGUGGUUGGUGUAAAAAUUGCUGAACAAAGUAAUAAGAAUGGUGAUACUUAGGGAUGAAUUUUGAAUU